AUGACAGUUGCCGAACACCGUCGUAUGUUUCGCAUCUCUAAGCGUCAAGGCAUUGCUCUUGCAGCCGUUCUCUUUCUUGGACUUGUAUCAUUUAUGACCUUUGCCCAUCCAAUGACUAUGGCUGGCCAAUGUACUAGUGGUGGUCGUGCUGUGCGAGCUUUUAGCCAAGCAAUGUCUUUUACCCAAACCACAAGCAACCACAAGCAUGAUACUGAACCUGUAUACGUUGAUCUCAAUCAAGUGGAAGCAACAGCUCACGCCAAAGACAACGAGGAACAUGUGCUCAUUCUGACACCGCUCAAGAACGCCGCUAACUACCUGCCACGGUAUUUUGAGUUGCUGGAUCGCAUGACGUAUCCCAAACACCUUAUUUCAAUCGCCUUUCUUGUUUCCGACACCAACGAUGAAACAGUGGAACUACUUGAGCAACAAGCAGAUGCCUUUAUGAGCCGCUGGAAGAAUCGAUAUCACAACGUUGCCAUUUAUCAAAAGGAUUUCAACUUUGAGCUACCCGAGGACCGACGACAUGCUUUUGAAAUGCAGCCCCUGCGUCGUUCGUACAUGGCACGCUCUCGCAACUAUUUGCUCACAGCUGCUCUCCGAGAGGAACACGCUUGGGUACUUUGGCUUGAUGUUGACCUUGUUGAAUACCCACCCACCAUUCUUGAAGACCUUAUGAGCGUGGAUGUUGAUGUUGUUGUUCCCAACUGCUUACGUGAAACUGAGGAUAAUUCAUUCUGGGGAUAUGACAAGAACAAUUGGCAAGAAACGGAACGCUCUUUGGAACUUCAAAAGGAUCUGGAUCCUGACUAUGUCUUACUUGAAGGUUACUACGAAUUUCUCACCCACCGUAAUGUCAUGGUUGAUAUGCCAACCCACCAUGAUCCUCUUGAAAAAGUACCAUUGGAUGGCGUGGGAGCAACAUUCACCCUGGUCAAGGCACAUGUGCAUCGUGAAGGCGCCAACUUUCCAGCAUUUGUAUACCAACAUCAGGUUGAAACUGAAGGCUUUGCGAAAAUGGCCAAGUCUAUGGGCUUUGGUGUAUAUGGUUUGCCAAGCUACCUUAUCUAUCACAUUAUGAACGCAUAG